CCUCGUUAAUGAUUUAGUACAUGUCUCACGAAACUUAUAAUAAAAUAAUGCUAUUGUUUACAGAUUUUAAGUUUAUAUCGACUGGUGCAAAAAACAAUUUGAUGAUGAUAGGAAACUAUACAUUUUCACAAAUGAACGGUGGAAGAAAUUGAUUACAUCCUAAUACCGUCAGGGCAAAAGAACGAACUGUUGAUGCUUGGUGGGUAUACCUUCGCACAGAUGCACAGCAGACGACAUUGGUACUGCUCCAAGAAGAAGGCUGGUUGCAAAGCUAGGAUCAAGAUGGACGUGGACUCUGUUACCGUCAUAGAAGCCUACAGGAUACACAAUCAUGAGCCACCUGAAUAUUACGUGACUAAAAACGGCUAUACUCUAAUACCAAGUGGAAUCAAGAACCAGUUGCUGAUGCUGGAAGGCUAUACCUUUGCCCAAUCGAGAAAUCCCAUCUUCAUACCGACUAAUUUCAAUAACAUGUUGCUCAUGUUCGGAGGGUUCACUUUUGCACAAGUCAGCAAGGGCAACUGGUACUGCUCACGAAAGAAAAUUGGUUGCAAAGCCAAAGUGAAAAUGCACCCUGAUGGAGUGACAAUAAUGAAAGCUUUGAACUUUCAUAAUCACGAAGCUCCUCAGUACUACAUAUCGGAUUCUGGAGAGUUAUACUCUGAUACCGGGUGGAUCGAAGAACCAGUUGCUGAUGCUGGGAGGUUAUACCUUUGCCCAAGCGCGCAGUAAACGGUAUUGGUACUGUUCUAAGAGGGCUGCUGGAUGUAAAGCUAGGAUUAAGAUGCAUCUUGACGAGGUGACAAUAAAGGAGGCUAUGACUGAACAUACUCACGACACUAUUCCAUAUUAUGUCACGAAAACUGGCCAAUAUGUUUUUCUGAGACAAUGAAUUUGAGGUCAAAAUCAACCAUGAUCAACGUUUAUAGUACGAUACAAAUGUGUAUAGUGCCUAGUCAAAUUUGUUUUACGUUAUGCGAUCGACACGUUUAGACGUUCGACGUUCUGAUUGGCCUGCCAAGUUAACCAACCAAUCUAAAGGCAGAACGUUUCGAUCUCGUUAACGUAAAAAUAACUUGCUCUCGGUACCCAGUUAUAACUAGCUUUCUGCUCGUAGCUUUGUAUGUGUAGAAAAAUACAUAUAAACCUUCUU